CCCCCUUCUCUCUCUCUCUCACGCACACACACCAUAUAUUCUCUCUCUUCUCUUGUCUUUCCUCAAAUUCCAUUUCUUUUGAUUUAAUUAAGAGGAGUGGAAUAACCAAAGAAGAGGAGGAGAAAAGAGAGAAAAAGGAUUUUUUUUUUUUUAAGAAAAUGAACUAUAAAACCUCCACUUCUGUUUCCACUAUCAUCAUUUCUCAUCUCAGAUCUUAAUUUCCUUCCCAUUUUCUCAUCUGGGUCAUUUCCAAUAUGGAAUUCUGGGUUGUCUUCUGAUUAGUGUAUAAAGUAUUUUUUCAGAUGAUCCUAUAUUGGAUUUGACAGAUCCCCAUUUUUUCUUUGGUAGGAUUCUAUCUGUUCACAAUAAAAAGAUAAAGAUGGAAUCUGAUCUUGGUAAACUCUUCAUUGGUGGGAUAUCAUGGGACACCGAUGAGGAACGUCUUAAGGAGUAUUUCGGAAAGUACGGGGAAGUGGUGGAGGCAAUGAUCAUGAGAGAUCGUGUCACUGGCCGUGCCCGUGGCUUUGGUUUCGUUGUCUUUGCCGAUUCUGCUGUUGCUGAGAGGGUAAUUAUGGAUAAGCAUAUGAUCGAUGGUCGCAAGGUUGAGGCAAAGAAGGCUGUUCCUAGGGAUGAUCAAAUUGUUCUAAACCGGAACGUGGUUGGUGUCACUGGAUCUACCGGUAUUGGACAAACGAAAAAGAUUUUUGUUGGAGGUUUGGCAUCUACCGUCACCGAGGUUGACUUUAAGAACUACUUUGAUCAAUUUGGUAAAAUUACUGAUGUUGUGGUGAUGUAUGAUCAUAAUACACAAAGGCCGAGAGGGUUCGGCUUCAUCACCUAUGAUUCGGAAGAAGCAGUAGACAAAGUCCUACAUAAAACAUUUCACGAACUCAAUGGGAAAUUGGUUGAGGUCAAGAGAGCAGUUCCUAAAGAACUAUCUCCAGGUGUUACCAACCGCAAUGUUGUUGGAUAUAAUUAUGGUUUAAAUAGGGCUUCCAACUUCCUCAAUAGUUAUGCUCAAGGAUUUAAUCUAAGUCCCAUCGGAGGCAUUGGAGUUAGGAUGGAUGGUAGGUUUAAUCCUCUCGCUAGUAGGCAAAACGGGUUUUCUCCAUUUAGUACCACUGGGUACGGAAUUGGUAUGAAUAUGGAACCAGGAAUGAGCGCGAACUAUGGUGGGAAUUCUAACUUUGGUAACAGUCUUGGAUACGGACAGAUAAUUAGUCCGUAUUACGGUGGGAAUUCAAACAGGUAUAAUACUCCAAUUGGUUAUGGUGUCGGAAGUGGAAGAAACGAUUCUGUUUUGAGCCCUGCUACUCGGAAUGUUUGGGGAAAUGUAGGCCUUAGCAAUGCUACAAAUGCUUCCAGUCCUGCUAGUUACUUAGGGUCUGGAAAUGGUAGUUUCGGUUCUUUAGGAAAUAGUGGGGCAAAUUGGAGACCUUCUCUUCCCGCUCGAAGUGGAGGGAACGCUUCUGGUUAUACUGGUGGGAGUGCCGAUGACAACUACAGUUUGGGAGGGGGUGGAUAUGGAAGAAACAUCGGCAUUGUUGCAGCACCACCAUCAUCAUUUGCUGGGUCAACUGGUAAUAUUGAAGGCUCCUAUGGAGAUCUUUACCGUAAUGCUUCAGUUUAUGGUGACUCAACUUGGAAGUUUGCAUCACCUGACUUGGAUGGAUCUAGCUCGUUUGGUUAUGGACUUGGCAAUACAUCCGCAGAUGUUACUACAAGACCCUCUGAGGAUUAUGUUGGAAGUUACAAUGUCGCAAGUAGACAGUCCAAUAGAGGAAUUGCUGCCUAGGAGAUCCGGUAUUCGGAUAUCAGAUACUAUAAUGUAGGGUGAAUGGAUUUGCACAAAUUCGAUAUGACUCGUUACUAUGUUGGCUUACACGGAAAUUGAUCUUAUGGCACUAACGACGGUUAAUGGUUUGAAAUAUACACAUUCAGAGUGAGCGGUUUCAAGCGAUUUUCAACAAGGUUUGAGAUUUGAUUUUUUUCUUUUUACUUUAUUUAAAAUAGUGAAAAAACAAAAUUUAGGUUCCUUUCUUGGCAUUUGAGUGAGGUUUACAAUCAGAAUGCGGGAUAUAUAUACUCCGGAAGAUCGGUUCGAACGCGUGCCAAUCGUGGUACAUUGAACAAUAGGGUAUUAAUGAUUUUUCCCUUUUUUUUCUUUUUCAAAAUUUUCAACUGCUGUAAUGCCUGGCGAAGCUGCUGGUUCUUGUCCUUAUAUUCUUCUUCGUAUUAUCCGGGAUUGUUUUUUCUCUCCGAUUUUAAGGAGUUUCGAUUCGAUUCGAUUUGCUAGUGUGAAACAUUAGAGAAAACGUCCAUAUAAAAAAAAAUCCCAAUCAAAUAAGUUACAAGAAUUUCUCCA